GCAUUUCAUAUGGACCGCGCAAAUCAAAGAGUAUUUUGGAUAAGAAACACUGAAAAAGCGCAAGUAGAAGAACAGAGCAGCUCCUCCAUCAAUGGGGACCCAAGCAAAACUAGUUCUAGAAUCUCCUUUCUUCAACGUCUCUCCUAAUAUUGUUAGCACUUUCGAUAACAAUUCCAAGUUCAGUCAUCGCUCAUCCUUAAGGUUUCAGGCAAUGACCACUCGACGACGAGUUUCAUUAUCAACAACAGCAGCAGCAGCAACAACAACUCCGCCAGUACCACCACCCAUUCAGGAUGAGCAAAGAAAGCCGCCGGAUCUUCAAUCACUUAUGAGAAGGUUCUGGAAGGUUGCUGUACCGUAUUGGUCCUCUGAUGAUAAAGUUCAGGCGAGAUUGCAGUUAGCUGCGGUUUUUGCCCUUACUUUAGGAACCACUGGUAUUAGUGUUGGCUUCAGUUUCCUCGGCCGUGACUUUUAUAAUGCACUUGCCAACAAAGACCAAGAACAGUUCACCAAACAACUGUUAUACUAUCUUGCUGGUUUUGCUGGUGGUAUCCCGUUUUUUGUGUUGAGAGAUUAUGCACGAGAGAAGUUAUCUUUAAGGUGGAGGUCUUGGAUGACAAGCUAUUACAUGGAACGGUAUCUGAAGAAUAAGACAUUUUACAAAAUUCAGUCACAGUCUACCAUCGAUAAUCCAGAUCAGCGGAUUGUUGACGAUUUAAGUUCCUUUACAGGAACAGCUCUCUCAUUUUCAUUGACACUCUUCAAUGCUGCUAUAGACUUAAUAUCUUUCAGCAAUAUUUUAUUCGGUAUCUACCCACCACUUUUUGGUGUGCUUCUUGCAUAUUCACUUGGUGGAACAGCUCUCAGCGUCUUCCUUGGAAAGGGAUUGGUGAGUCUCAACUUUUUGCAAGAGAAGAAAGAAGCAGAUUUCCGCUAUGGUCUUGUGCGCGUUCGAGAAAAUGCUGAAUCAAUUGCAUUUUAUGGAGGGGAAGAGAAUGAGAUGCAACUACUGUUAACUCGUUUCAGAAGUGCUUUUGAAAACCUUAAUCAAUUGUUGAUAUCUUCUAGAAAUCUGGAUUUCUUCACCAGUGGCUACCGCUAUCUUAUUCAAAUUCUUCCUGCUGCAGUUGUUGCACCUAUGUACUUCUCUGGAAAAAUCGAGUUUGGGGUUAUUAAUCAAUCCGUGUCCGCUUUUAAUCAUAUUCUUGGUGAUUUCUCUCUCAUUGUCUAUCAGUUUCAGGCUUUAAGUGCCUUUUCAGCCGUCAUUGACCGACUAGGUGAAUUUGAUGAUGUUUUGGAUAGCAACAGCAAAAAAGGUGAUCAAGACUCCAACGAAAAGAUCCAGCUUAACUUUUGCUUAAUAAGUUCUUCCAAUGGGCUACACUCGAAUGGAUCUAUGCCUCUUUCCAAUCGUGUAAAAUUACUUCAUGUUGAACACUUGACUGUACAGACACCAAGUGAAGCAACUCUAAUUAAGGACUUGUCUUUUGAGAUAUUUGAGAAGGAUCACUUGCUGGUUACAGGACCAAGUGGAAGUGGUAAAACUUCAUUGCUGAGAGUGAUAGCUGGUCUUUGGAGUUUCGGGAAUGGAGCAAUUACAGUUUAUGUCCGACCCAGAGGAGACCUGGAAAUGCUGCACUCUCCAGAUGUAGUUUCUCAUCAAGUGGCUUCAACUAAUGAGACCAUAGGGGAUUCCGCAGGACGUAGAAAUUCCGAAGGUGUAAUUUUUCUUCCUCAAAAACCAUAUAUGGUUUUGGGAACCCUUCGACAACAGUUGUUGUAUCCUACAUGGACCGAAGAUUCAGAUAACUUGUCAGAUGAUGCUAAACAAACUGAUUCUUUGCCAUUCUUGAUGCGUGCACGGGAUGCAAGGUGUGUGAAUGAUAGAUCAAAGAAGCCUACAUCAGAGGAUCUACUACAAGUUCUCAAUGAUGUAUCCCUUGGACACUUGUUAUCUCGUUUUGACGGCCUAGAUUCAACACAUGAGUGGUCGAGCGUUCUAUCCCUUGGCGAGCAACAGCGCCUUGCCUUUGGCCGCUUAUUGCUUUCAAAACCAACUUUGGCUCUGUUGGAUGAGUCUACUAGUGCUCUUGAUGAAGCCAAUGAGGCACGUCUAUAUCAGCUAAUCCAAGCUGCAGGAAUCACGUAUAUAAGUAUUGGCCACCGUAGAACCCUCUACAAAUACCAUAAAAAGGUCUUACACGUAUCUACUGCUGAUAGUACAAGUACCCAGCAGAAUUGGAGCUUUAAGGACGUAGAGGAGGACCCAAUAUACAAUUUUUCGAAGCAGUAAUCAUGCAAAUAAUUUUUUCCUUUAGUACAUGAUACUAAUGCUUGGAUGCUAAUAGGAUUCCACUCUGCUCAUGAGGAAGUUUCCCAGAAUUUCGUCUUGACUAUGCUGUUACUGUAUGGUCAAUGUGGACUGGACUGGACAUGGAAAUUAUUAGUGAAUGCAGCACAACUUUUGAGAAGUACUUGAUGAAUGUGUCUCAAAAUGUCAUUUCAACUUUUUCAUACAAUUAAGAAAUGUAUGAAAUCAUAUGAUAACAAUUUUCUGUUUUCUAUGUAGUUCGUGUUCUAUAUGUAUGUAAUUAUAUUGAUAUCUGGUUAAAAGGACAGGUAGAUCUAAUAGAAAACAAAUCUAACAGUGUGUGAUAUAAUAAUCAAUGAGAAGGAGAACCAUGACUGGUUAAAUAUAAUAACUUUUGAAGGAGAUUGAGAAUUCUUCUAGCCAAAGAGAAUGAAAGAAUAUGAUAUUCUUAUUGAAAAACGACCUCUAAAUCAAUGGAUGGUUUCCCCGUGGUGGCAUGUUGUUUUGUGGAUGACUGAAGGGAUCCCCGAAUGGGUUGGAAGAUCCCAUAUACCAGGUGGAACGAUUGCUAGAGCCAAUGCAUUGCUUUCCUCUAAUUCUGCAACUCUUGGAUCCACUUCAUUCAAGCCCUGUCCACAGAGAUGAAAAAUAUUCUGAUCAAGACUAUUAUUUCACACGAAAGAAGGAGACACGAGCCAUGAACAAAGAUUUCGUCUGUCCCCAGUGAAUUCGAAAUGCAUACCAGCAAAUCAACAGGUUCUUCUGUUGAUAUCAGUGGUGGUAUUUCUUCCUUUUUAGGCUUUUCAGGUUUCUGCUUGGUUUCUCGAUACUCCUGCAGGUCACAAAGGCAAACACUAUAACCAAAUCGAUGAAGCUAAGUUCUCACCAGCCUGUUAUAUGUGACCGCAUUGUAUAACUACGUUCUCACCAGCCUGUUAUUGGGCAUUGAAUCCGUUUGAGAUGCUUCUCUAAUGUAUUCCUCCAUCGUUACCAGAAACGAUGCAGGAGGCUGCAAGUUAAAGAUCAAGAAUGAAGAGAGAUUAAACGAAACGUAAUUCAUGAAGAUUAUACAUUAUCCAAAAGGGUGAGGAAAAAAGACCUGUUUCAAUGUAGGAAACUGAAAGGUACGCACUACAUCCAAGCCUCUGCAGAAGUCAUAAAAAUGAGCGAGAUGUUCAGCCUACAUUUAGUGGAGAAAAAAAAAGAGAAGAAACUUAGAUAUGUUAACACCAUAUCUGUAAAAAGAAACAUGAAGUAGCAAGUUAAGUUCAAAAACAGCAAUGGUUAAUGAGCUGGAGAUAUCAAAGACACGAGAGGAGCAUCAUACAUAGUCGACAAGAUUGAUUAUCCCAUCGUUGAUUGCACAAUAGAUCUUGAAACUUUCCUUCAACACCUACAAAAAGAACAAUUAGAGCUGCAAAAUUCACCAGUGAAAACGAUGAUAGUCAGAGAACUGGAAUAGCAAUGAGCUUAUCGCGGCUAAAACAGCAAAGGUUGUUACUACCUGGCAACCAGUUAAGCGAUAAAGAAGUUGUUGUAAUGCUGGGAGCUGCUCUAGAAGUUCUUCGGCAUUCAAAAUCCUAGUUCUACAAUGAACCUGAUGUGAAACUCAGGUUAUCUACAUUGUUUACAUUAUGUAUCUUACAUGAAAAUAUGCAGAUGACUAACAAAAUGCACCUUGCUUAUUCCAA